AUGAACUUCCAGGAUUGUGACAGCAUUGACCGAUCGCCCAACAAGCGAAGAAAUGUUGAAAUUGACAGUGAUGAUUCAGAUGAUGACAUUGCACUGGCUGGUCUGAGAACGCAGAUCCGCACAGAAAACAGAGCGGAAGUUCGGAAGAUGUUUCAUGUUGAAAAUCAGAUGAGUCGUCAAGAACAAACUUCGGAACUUAUCCUUGAUAUUCUCGGUGACAUUCAGUCCCGCCUGGUGACAAUGCAGGAGAAACAAGAAGAGAUGGAGAAAAAACAACUAGACAUCGACUUCAAACAAGAUCGACUUCGGGAGCUGGUGAAAGUCAUGGCUUCAAAGAUAUCGCCAGACAUAUUAGAAGAACCAUCAAAUCCACCCACUCCGUCCGUUUCAUCAACCCAAGUCCGCCCGACAGGCCUACCAGUCCCAGUCCGUCUUCCAGGUCCGUCUAUUCUAGACGGUCCGCCAGGUCCAUCAACCCAAGGCCGUCCUUCAGGUCAAUCAACCCAAGCCCAUCAGUUCAUGCGACCUAUCUCAGUGCCGUCAUCCGAACAAGAAACAGCUGUGGACACAACUCCGUCACAACCGCAAUCGGCAAAACUUAUGUCGGGCCCUGAUUCUGGCACCUAUCUACUCGGUGGAAGUGAAACUCUGGUGCGUUCUGUUGCCGAUUACAACGCCAUGUUGAGAGAAGUGCAGCAAAGACGUCGCAACGCAUCAGACAAUGAAAACGGAAAACUGCUAUGUGUCUGCCUCUUGAAAAGAGAGGUACCAAAAGAAGAACUGGCCAUCAAAAAUGUCACUGGAAACUCUAGAGAUGAGAACAACAAGCGAUGCAAAAUCCCUCAGCUCGACAGAGUCAUCAUACACAGCAUUUUCCAUCAAGCCAAGAUGCAAUUUACUGGAUUUUCUGACUGGUACACAGACUCUAAAAGUAAGACCGUGGAAGCGCUCAACGAAUGCUGCAAGCGAGCCCGUUACGAAAAAAGAAAACGGGUGCUUGUGGAAACCGUAGAUAAUAGUAACUAGAAAGAAGUACCAGUAAAUGUAGUUUCAAGUUCGUUUUGUUUUAAAUUCAGAAGUGACACUCAAAUAAAUUAAUUCAUAACAGCACCGCAGUGUGAGAGAGUUUUUAUUUUGUGUUUUUUGUCAUUAUUUUAAUUCAAAUAUUUUUAGAAAAACGUCAAUUAAACUAAAUGGUGCCAGGCGAAAAUGCUUCCACAUACAUAAUGAUCAAUGAGAUUUUCUUCGACUAAAAAAAUGAAUGAACUUAACUUUGGGUUCAAAACAAACUAAUCUUUGAUAUUUGAUUUAAAAGACAAACGUGAAAAUGUAC